AUGGCAACCUACGUGCAGCUGAACACCAAAGCUAAGAUGCCCCUUGUGGGGCUGGGCACCUGGAAGUCCCCACCAGGGCAGGUAACAGCUGCAGUGCUGGCUGCCAUCGACGCUGGGUACCGCCACUUUGACUGUGCCUAUGUGUACCUGAAUGAGAACGAAGUUGGGGAUGGAAUCCAGCAGAAAAUCAAGGAAGGUGCUGUGAAACGAGAGGACCUCUUCAUUGUCAGUAAGCUCUGGUGCACAUUUCAUGAGAAGCCUCUGGUGAAGGAAUGCUGUCGGAAGACUCUUGCUGACCUGAAGCUGGAUUACCUGGAUCUCUACCUCGUGCACUGGCCUUUUGGGUUCAAGGCAGGAGAGGAGCUGUUUCCCAAAGAUGACAAAGGCAUGGGCAUAUUCAGCAACACAGAUCUUCUACAGACAUGGGAGGCCAUGGAAGAGCUGGUGGAUGCUGGCCUGGUGAAAGCCAUUGGAAUCUCCAACUUUAACCAUGAGCAGAUUGAAAGAAUCCUGAACAAGCCAGGACUGAAGUACAAGCCUGCAAACAACCAGAUUGAGUGUCAUCCAUACCUCAACCAGGAGAAGCUGAUCGAGUACUGUCAGUCCAAAGGGAUUGCUGUGACAGCAUACUGCCCACUUGGCUCUCCUGACAGGCCAUGGGCUAAGCCAGAGGAUCCUUCCCUUUUGGACGACCCCAGGAUCAAAGAGAUUGCAGCCAGGCACAACAAAACCCCAGCACAGGUUCUCCUUCGCUUCCAGAUCCAGAGAAAUGUGAUUGUGAUUCCCAAGUCUGUCACACCACAGCGCAUUGUGGAGAACUUCCAGGUGUUUGACUUUGAAUUGACCAACGAGGAGGUGGCAACUAUUCUCAGCUUCAACAGAAACUGGAGGAUCUGUCAAAUGAGCAUGUGCAAAAAUCACAAGGAGUACCCUUUCAAUGCAAAAUAUUGAAGAUGCUUGUGACAUGGAC